GGUCAGCUCCCUGGUCCCACGGGCGGGCAGGGGCGGGGGUGGGCGCCGACGCCCCUCGCCUGGCACUCCGCACCUGGCCCUGCGGGAAGUGCGCGCUGAUUGACAGCUGCGUUGUCCCAAAAAGGCUCUCCAAAGAUGCUGAUCUGAGGGUGGGUGUAGACGCGCAGUAGGCGCGCCCGGACCCGCUCCCCUCCGCGUGCCUCCCGAGCCCGGCCGUCCUUCUGGCUGCGGACAAGCGGGGCUGAGGCCCCCGCCCCGCGCCAGCCCCAGCGGUCCCCGCCGGCCGGGACCUCGCAGUCGCUCUCAGGUCGGCGGGCGCUCGCCGCAGCUCACCAUGCACUGCCACGCCGAACUGAGGCUCAGCUCGCCCGGCCAGCUCAAAGCAGCCAGGCGGCGCUACAAGACUUUCAUGAUCGAUGAGAUCCUGUCCAAGGAGACCUGCGACUACUUCGAGAAACUUUCCCUCUACUCUGUGUGCCCGUCGCUGGUCGUGCGACCCAAGCCCCUGCAUUCCUGUACGGGCUCCCCUUCCCUGAGGGCAUAUCCUCUCCUCUCGGUGAUCACCCGGCAGCCCACGGUCAUCUCCCACCUGGUCCCCAACAGUCCAGGAAUCGCCCCAGUGUUGUCCCACCACGUCGCCACUGAGGCUGCAUCUGCUGAGGCCCAGGGUGGCGAGGCUCUAGCCAGCAGUGAGUCAGAGACAGAGCAGCCCACGCCCCGGCAGAAGAAGCCCCGGCGGAGUCGCACCAUCUUUACGGAGCUGCAGCUCAUGGGUCUGGAGAAGAAGUUCCAGAAGCAGAAAUACUUGUCCACCCCAGACAGGUUGGAUUUGGCCCAGUCUCUGGGACUCACUCAGCUGCAGGUGAAGACUUGGUAUCAGAAUCGCAGGAUGAAAUGGAAGAAAAUGGUUCUUAAAGGUGGACAGGAAGCACCCACGAAACCUAAAGGUCGUCCCAAGAAGAACUCCAUCCCUACAUCAGAAGAGAUUGAAGCUGAAGAGAAGAUGCACAGCCAGGCCCAGAGCCAGGAGAGCCUGGAGCCCUCACAGGGACAGGAAGAGCCAGGAGAUGCGCAGGAACUAAAAGCAUGUGACCUCCCCUUGGAGGUGGCAGAGCCGCCAGGCCAGCCCCAGGAGCUGCCAGGAGCCUCUUCCAAACCCCUGCCAUUAAGCUAAAAUAAAACUCUUUGGGGGGAAGGGGAGACAGGGAAGAAGGGAAAAGUGAAGGCAGGGAGACUAGGGAGAGAAACACUUCUAACAGCCCGGCCAACUGAGGGAGAAGAGAUCCACUUUCCUCCUUCCCUCCCACAGUUCUCUGCACCUUCAUCGCAAGCAUCUGAUGAAGACUUGCUUGUCUUAGGCCUUCCUCUUUCUGGAAGGCUGUGUAAGCCAUAGAUGCCCUUGAUUGAGAGAGAGACAGUGCCUUUGAGCUCCUGUCCCUGAGAGGGUGAAGGCUGUUGGGAUGGGUAGACACAUCCCACCAGCCUGCAAUGGAGGGUAUCGCCUACCGCCUACCCGCUCCCUACCCCUGGGCAGCCAGUCAUCAAGCAGAGAGAUGGAGGCGCUUGGACAGCCCACCCAGGCUUCUUGCUGACUCAGUACUUAUUUCUGUAGGCUUAAUGUUUUGGGGGUUUUUUUUGGGGGGUGGAGUUGGAGGAAGGGAGUUGUGAGUUCUUAGAAAUGUUUCUGGAUCAUGUUUGUUUGGAAACAUGUGUGCCUUUGUAUCCAUUAUCAGAUGGUCAGGUGACCAGGAACUGAUAAGCCUUGUUUUUCUUUCUUCUUUAAGUUGCCUUCCCUGAAGCUGCCAAUGCAGAAAUGUUAAAAUAACUUUUAUUUUUUAAUUAAAAAUAAAUCUUUCAAAAGGUU